GGAGGAGGGGCCGCAGUCAGCGCUGAGGCGCGGCGGGGCAGCGCUCAUUCUGGUUUGUCGCUGCCCGCGGGACGGACCGUGCUCGCCUCGCUCCCCUGCCGCCGCCAUGUCCCGGGAGCCCGAGAUCAUGGAGUCGCAGGUGAUGUGGGAGCCUGACACGAAGCGUAACACCCACAUGGACCGGUUCCGCGCCGCCGUGGCCAGCAGUUGCGGGCGCCGCCUGGCCAACUAUGAUGAUUUAUACCAGUGGUCAGUGGAAUCCUACUCCGAUUUCUGGGCAGAAUUCUGGAAGUACAGUAACAUUGUCUGCUCUCACCUCUAUGAUGAGGUGGUGGAUACAUCCAAAAGCAUUGCAGAUGUCCCGGAAUGGUUUAAGGGCAGCCGUCUGAACUAUGCAGAGAAUCUCCUGAAGCACAAGGACAACGACAAGAUUGCACUGUAUGCAGCAAGGGAAGGCAAAGAAGAAAUUGUGAAAGUUACUUUUGAAGAGCUGAGACAAGCUGUGGCUUUGUAUGCUGCAGCCAUGAGGAAGAUGGGAGUAAAAGUAGGAGACAGAGUUGUGGGUUACUUGCCCAACAGCAUCCAUGCAGUGGAGGCAAUGCUGGCCGCUGCGAGCAUUGGUGCCAUCUGGAGUUCCACAUCCCCAGACUUUGGCAUUAACGGCGUACUGGACAGAUUUUCCCAAAUUCAGCCUAAGCUCAUCUUCUCUGUCGAAGCUGUUAUAUACAAUGGCAAAGAACACAACCACUUAGAAAAGCUGCUGAGGGUGGUAAAAGGGCUUCCAGACCUAAAAAAAGUGGUGGUGAUUCCAUAUGUAUCUUCAAGAGAAACCAUAGAUAUUUCUAAGAUUCCAAACAGUGUCUUUCUAGAAGAUUUCCUUGCCACUGGGAAAGGAGACCAGGCUCCCCAGCUGGAGUUUGAGCAGCUGCCUUUCAGUCAUCCUCUCUUUAUCAUGUAUUCUUCUGGCACCACAGGGGCACCYAAAUGCAUGGUUCACUCAGCAGGGGGUACCCUGAUACAGCACCUGAAGGAACACAUUCUUCAUGGCAACAUGACCAGCAAUGAUGUGAUCAUGUACUACACAACGAUCGGCUGGAUGAUGUGGAACUGGCUGGUGACUGCGCUUGCCACAGGAGCCUCAGUGGUCCUGUAUGAUGGAUCUCCUCUAAUUCCCUCUCCAAACGUGCUCUGGGACCUGACUGACAGGCUGGGGAUCACCAUCCUUGGAACGGGUGCAAAGUGGCUGGCUGUGCUAGAAGAGAAAAAUUUAAAACCYUGUGAAACCCACAAUCUCCAAACACUCCACACUAUCUUGUCUACGGGAUCACCUCUCAAAUCUCAAAGCUAUGAGUAUGUCUACAAACACAUAAAAAGCAAUGUCCUCCUGGGAUCCAUUUCAGGUGGAACAGAUAUAAUUUCGUGUUUCAUGGGUCAGAAUGUUACAGUUCCAGUUUACAAAGGAGAAAUUCAGGCCAGAAAUCUUGGAAUGGCUGUAGAAGCAUGGAAUGAUGAAGGAAAACCAGUUUGGGGUGAAAGUGGAGAGCUGGUUUGCACCAAGCCUAUUCCCUGUCAGCCCACGCACUUCUGGAACGAUGAGAAUGGAAGCAAAUACAGAAAGGCUUAUUUUUCCAAAUUCCCAGGUGUCUGGGCCCAUGGUGAUUACUGCAAAAUUAACCCCAAGACUGGAGGAAUUGUCAUGCUGGGUCGCAGUGAUGGUACAUUAAAUCCAAAUGGAGUAAGAUUUGGAAGCUCUGAAAUCUAUAACAUAGGUAUGAAAUCAACUUUCCACCUCUUUCAGCUCCUGUGUGUCCCUCAGUACAACAAGGACGGYGAGGAGAGGGUGAUCCUGUUUUUGAAGAUGGCAUCCAACCACACGUUCAGCCCCAGGCUGGUGAAGCGCAUCCAGGACGCCAUCCGCGUGGCGCUGUCCGCCCGCCACGUCCCCAGCCUCAUCCUGGAGACCAAAGGCAUUCCUUAUACAGUAAAUGGGAAGAAAGUGGAAGUAGCUGUGAAGCAAAUAAUCGCAGGGAAAGAAGUUGAGCAGCGGGGAGCUUUCUCAAACCCAGAGGCUUUGGACCUGUACCAAAAUAUUCCUGAGCUUCAAGACUAUUAAAGUCACUUGUUUGGAGGUUUUUUGUUUUUUUUUUUCUGUGUGUCUUUGUUCUGUAUUUGUUUUGUAUAUACCAAUACUGUAUGUAAAGAAAAAGCUCUAUUUAAUACCAGUGGUUCUUUUAAAAGAAAAAAAUUCUCCAUGAAGUGCAUUAUGAAAGGCUUGGGUAAAGCUUAGCUCCCUUUUAUUGGUUCAAUAUGCCAUAUAUUUUGGAGUUUUUUUCCAGCCUGGAAGGAGAAACCUGCCUGUUUUGAUUUUUAUAUCUAUMUAUAUAUAUAUAUGAGUGCACCUUUUCAGAUUAGAUUUACAGCAGCUGCCCAUCAAAUGGGAGCACCCAUAGUUGCAGAUAGAYUAUUUCUUCCAUGAAAUGUUUGCUUUCUUUUUUUAAACUGGACCUUUAGCAACGUUUUUCAAUCCAUGUGUUUCACACCCUGCAAGGAAUCCACAGUGAUUUUAACCCUUUGACCCUGAAACAUGCAAGUSUUCUCCAUGUAGUGUGCAUUAAAAUGUUUUUAUAAAGCCAAAUCAUAAUGCACUGAACCCAUUCGACUUGACUCCGAAUUAUUUCACUCUUGAAAUGUCUCAUGGUACCUUUGAGGGUAAUUGCUGCUUCAUUUUGGGAUGUAGCCUUCUCAUUGUUUUAAGCUGUUUGUUGAGAGACUUCUGGAGGCUCAGGAGGUGAGGGAGCUUCUGCCUCCUCCUUAUUCCUGGGGUAACUCCAGGUUAUUUCCAUGGAAUUUGCUGUCAUUAACAUAAUUACACUUGAAGAAACCAUUUUGCUUUUACUUGGUUGAAGUCCUUAACUGGCCCUGAGGUUAGCUGAGGAAUUCCAGUGUGUUUCUUUCUUAAAAGCUGAUGGGUUUUGUAACUUUUUUUACUAAAUGUCACAUUGGAAGUGAGAGACACCUUUUCUAGGUCUGUAAUCCUCCAGUUUAUAAAGGGAAAAUGCUGUAAUGAGCUAACUAAAAACAGUGAAAUGGAAGCACUAAAAUUUGUUUUUCAUCAAAUGCAGUUACAGUAGCUGUACCAACCCUCUGGCAUUCAGUGUCUCCUGCACUAUUUGAAUUUUGUGGGUGAAAUAUUAUUGUACUUAACAAUUGUGUUGGAUGCAUUCAGCGUUGAUAAAGAGUCAAUUAAAAGGAAUCAAUUCUUUAUAUAUAUAAUUAUA